AUGGAACAAAUUCAGACAGACAUGGCAGAGAUUAGGGCUCAGAUAGGGACUACUAUGGGUCAAUUUUUGGAAGCUAUCCAAACCGUUACCCGUGGACAAGGAGAUUUAAGAAAGCCUAUUCAGAGGCCGGAUUUUAUUGUUGAUCCAAGCGGCGUUCAUCAAAAAGUCGUCAAUCCUACCCAAGAGGCCCCUUUGAAUCAGAAUGUUAGAAACACUAUGCAAGUUCCCGUCAACGAGGCUCCACACCGUGAAAAUCUUUCUGUUUCGUCAUAUGAUACUUUUAAGUUUCCAAUGGAUGAAGAUGAGGGUAAGCUCCGUCUUUUGGAUAAGAGAUUGAAAGCGGUUGAGGAUCGUGAUUGCCUUGGUUUGGAUGCUGCUAGUUUAUGCCUGGUGCCUGAUAUCAAGAUUCCUCCUAAGUUCAAAGAUAGUCUUAGUGGGGCAUCUCUUGAAUGGUAUACCCAACUUGAAAGGACCAACAUCCGAACUUGGAAAGAUCUAGCCAAAGCCUUUUUCAAGCAUUACAAACAUAACAGUGAUAUGGUUCCUACCAGAAUUCAUCUUCAGGGUUUGACUCAGAAGGUUGACGAAUCCUUUAGAGAGUACGCACAAAGAUGGAGGGAGCUAGCUGCUAGAGUUCAACCUCCCCUUUUGGAACGAGAACUUGUAGACAUGUUCAUGGACACUUUACAAGACCCCUAUCUGAAUCGGAUGGUUGGAUGUGCCGCUUCUGAAUUCUCAACUUUGGUUGUCAUAGGAGAAAGAAUUGAGCACGGUCUUAUGACUGGCAAGAUUCAGAAUGCUGCUACUAAUUUUGAAUUCCCAGAACAAGAUGGUGAAGAAACAAGUACAAUUUCCGAAGUUGAAGAGAGAGAUCAUGCUUAUUCUCCAGUUCAGAUCCCUUGUUAUCAAAUGACAGAAAUUACUCCUGAUCAGGAUGCCCCACAAAUUUGUGUUGCGACUAUUAGCCAGCCACCAGUUCAAUUUGUGCAACAAGAGCCUGUUCUAUAUAAUCAAUCAGUUAAGUAUGCUCCGCAACAACAGCAGAGAUAUAGACAAAAUCACCGACCACAGGGUGGGCAGAAUCAAAGAAGGCCAAGAAAGGUAUAUGAACCAAUUCCAAUGCCUCAUAGUCAGUUGCUCUCUCAUUUACUCCAAAAUUCUUUAGUGGAAUUAAAACAACUUGGGCCUCCUCCUUUUCCUUAUCCUGAAGGAUAUGAUCCCAAUGCCUACUGUGAGUUCCAUUCAGGGGCACCUGGACAUUUGAUUGAAGGUUGCAACGUAUUCAAAGGCACAGUUCAAAACCUCAUUGAUUCCAAGGCAAUCUGCUUCACGCCAAACGGUCUGCGCAUAAAUUGA